AUGGACUUCUCAAACAUCCAAGACAAGGUCAGCAACCUGACAUUGUAUGACCUUAAGGCUGGUGUCCGCAAGGUACAGAAUGCCGUCAUGAACUAUACCGAGAUGGAGUCCAAGGUCCGGGAAGCCACAAACAAUGAGCCCUGGGGUGCUUCGACUACAUUGAUGCAGGAGAUUGCCAAUGGAACCCACAGCUAUCAAUUGCUGAACGAGAUUAUGCCCUUGAUUUACAAGAGAUUCACCGAUAAGAGCGCGGAGGAAUGGAGGCAGAUCUACAAGAGUCUUCAGCUUCUCGAAUUCCUCGUUAAGAAUGGUUCAGAGCGGGUGGUUGACGACGCACGAUCUCACAUGUCGCUGCUGCGGAUGUUGCGGCAAUUCCAUUUUAUUGACGCGAACGGAAAGGACCAGGGUAUCAACGUGCGCAAUCGGUCCUCAGAAUUGGUCAAAUUGCUGGGCGAUGUGGACCAGAUUCGCUCCGAGCGCAAGAAGGCCCGCACCAACCGCAACAAGUUUGGCGGUUUCGAAGGUGGCAUGAACGUUGGUGGCAUGUCCUCUGGCUCUAGUCGCUAUGGUGGCUUUGGUAGUGACAGCAUGGGAUACGGUGGAUACAGCGGCGGUGUUUAUGGUGAUGGUGGAGGCUUUGGCGGAGCCUCGAGUGAUUUCCAGGAUAGCAGUCGCGAUACCAGCCGUCGCGGUAACCGGUUCGAGGAAUAUGACGAGUACGACGAGGGAGAGACUAGCGCUCCACGGCGUGAGUCUGCUGCGGCCGCGCCCAAAGCUAAGGCAGAGCCCAAGAAGCCAGCGCCUGCACCCGUGGUAGAUCUCUUUGAUUUCGGUGAUGACGAGCCUGUCACUACUACAACGGCGCCUUCUACUGCUGCAGGCAAGCAGCCCGCUAGCAGCGCAUUGAACAUGCUGGACACGGCAGAUGAUGACGACUUUGACGACUUCCAGUCUGCUACUCCGGCGGUCCAGCCUUCAGCACCAGCGACGGCCAACUACUCCAUUCAACCUCCUGCCUCCACUCACAGCACGACCUCGAGCACCCAUUUUGCCGCGCCGGUCCCCGUCUCGGCUUCGCAGGGCGCCAACAUCAAUGGCAUUGUUGGCUUCACAUCGGCCACCCCAACCCCGUCAACUAGCUCGCUUACCUCCCCGGUCUCCCAGACUGCACCUCUCCAGCAGCAAUCCAUGGCUUCCAAGCCGUCCGGCUUCCAGGCCGCUACACCAAACUACUUCACCUCCGUUUCAACCGGUGCCGCACAGCCAUUCUCCUCCCACGCCGCCAAGCCCUCUAUCUCUUCCCAGAACUCCUCUACUACCGCGAGCAAGCCCGCCGCAAAGCCUGCAAGCAAGUCCUCCGGCGAUGCCUUUGGCUCCCUCUGGACCACCGCCAGCGCCAGCGCUGGUAUCUCCAAGUCCAAUGCCAAUGCUAACAAGGGUCCCAACUUGGCCAGCAUGGCUAAGGAGAAGGCCAGUGCCGGCAUCUGGGGUGCCCCGGCUGCCUCAUCCUCGUCGGCUCAGUCCCAGCCGCAACAGAAGCAAGGUGGCUCCGCAUUCGAUGAUUUGCUGGGUUAA